CGGAGAUGGUACGAUUACAGCAACAUGUUUUCAUCGUUGCUGAUAUAAUUCUUGUACAUAAGCCCCAGCGCUGCUCCGUCUCCGUCCAUCCAUUACAGCACGCAACCAUGGCAAAGGCCAAGCCCGCACAGCAGAGCACGCUCGGCAAGUGGCCGAUCAUCGGCGCCGUCCUCAUCGUGCUCUACACCCUCGGCUCGUGGCUCGACUCGAAUGUCGUGAGUUGCGAUGGGCUUGCGGGGAGCGUCUGGCUCCGCAAACACAUAGCCCGCGGGCCGCUGGCCUCUGCGCCCAGAGCCGCCUAGAGCCUUCCCGAGCCUCCCCGCGCUCCGCUGACCCCAGCACAAGUUCUACGCCAUGACGCCCGAGGCGCUCAACGCGGCGGUGCAGACCUCGCUCGCGACAUCGCGUGCAGCGGGCCAGGAGAAGAACGCAACCCACGUCGUCGAGACCCUCCUCGGCAACCUCGUCCAGACGUAUCCCGACCUCGACUUGCUGACUGACUUUCGCAACCCGCGCGAGUGGGUGUUCAACAAUGCCGGCGGGGCCAUGGGCGCAAUGUACAUCAUCCACGCGUCGAUUACUGAAUACCUCAUCAUCUUCGGCUCGGCCGUCGGCACCGAAGGCCACACGGGCCGGCACACGGCCGACGACUACUUCCACAUCCUGACGGGCCAGCAGCGGUGCUACGCCGCCGGCGACCUCGCGCCGCUGGUCUACAACCCCGGCGACGUGAACCUGAUGCAGCGCGGCGUCGUACGACAGUACUGGAUGGAGGGCGAGACCUGGGCGCUCGAAUACGCCGCCGGCUGGAUCCCGCCCAUGCUCCCCUUCGGGCUCGCUGACAUGCUGUCGUCGACGCUCGACUACAUCUCGUUCUACCACACGUGCCGGAUCACGGCGCGCGAGAUGGUCAAGAAUCUGCUGCGCGGCAAGAUCUAGAGCAUAGAGCACAGAGCAGACAGGGACACUGGACAGAUGCAUGUCCUACUUUUGACGGUUGCUGUGGUUGUGUCGCACCAGCCUUCUGACGCUUGUGGCUACAUCGCUACAUCAUCAACACGGGCUCGACGCCCGUACAUGCCCGCAGCGCGCGGCGGAGGUCUUGGCUCACCCAGUCCGCGUCGACGUGGGUGCGCUGCUGGUCUGCGUCCAGCAGCUGUUGCGGGGACUUGCCCGUGUAGUAUGCGAGCCAGGCGCGCACGUCGCGUGCCGGGAGGGACUGGAUUGUGUCCACAGAGUCGA